AUGUUAACUUUGCUAACUUUGUUAGACGAAAUUGCACAUAUCAAAAAGUUUAUUGCAAGUGCCGGCACCUAUGCAAACCUUGUCCGCCAAGCCAAGUCCAAGCAAAAGAUCAUUGACAAGAUGCAUGCUGCUGGUCUUGUCGAAAAGGUCGAUCCUCCUAAGACUGUUUCUUUUAAGUUUGAGAACGUUCGAAAGCUUUCUCCCCCAAUCAUUUCUUUUAAUGACGUCUCCUUCUCUUAUGAUGGAAAAUCCGAGAAUGCCCUCUAUAAAAACCUUUCUUUUGGCAUUGAUAUGGAUUCUAGAAUUGCUCUUGUUGGAAAAAAUGGCACUGGAAAGUCGACAUUACUUAAUCUUAUUAUGGGUCUUCUUAUACCCACAACUGGCUCUGUAUCAAGAAAUUCAGGCCUUAAACUUGCAAAAUACUGCCAACAUUCUGCUGAUCAGCUUCCUUACGACAGAUCUCCUCUCGAUUAUAUUCAUACUAAGUUUAAAGAUAUAUAUCCAGGAAAAGAUGUUCAGCAAUGGCGAUCACAUCUCGGAAGAUUCGGGAUUUCUGGAGGACAUCAGACAGCAGAGAUUCGCACAUUAAGUGAUGGGCUUAAGAGCCGUGUUGUAUUUGCUGAGCUCGCACUGGAGACACCUCAUAUUCUUUUGCUUGAUGAGCCUACGGUGGGUAAACUAAUUUUAGAAGUUAGAGAAGUCCUAGACUGUCCAUGUACAGCUAAUGUUCCCUUACAAGUUAGCAUUUGCCUUGGUUUUCCUGAUUCUGUGAGUAAAGGUCUUAUUAGUGUGGUCGUGAAGCAGAAUCACUUGGAUAUUGCGUCAAUAGAUGCACUGGCAAAGGCAUGCAAUGCAUGGACGGGCGGAAUUGUACUUGUAAGCCACGACUUCAGGCUAAUUGAGCAAAUUUGCCUCCCAGGUGUGGGUGAGCUUUGGGAGGUCAAACACAACACUAUCGUUAAACUUGACAUCACAAUCCACGAAUACAAACAUAGACUUAAAACAGCAAGCAGUGCAGCACUUGACAGAGCACGUGUGAAUGUAUGCAGCGCAAUGGAAGAUUCUAGAACGUUCCAGAAGAUACUAGAAGCUGUUGAUUCGAUCCUGAUUGGUGCCCUGGACAGGGCAUCCUGGACAAAAGACCCAUUGGGAACUCCGGGGAAGCCCAAUCGGGAAAUCAAGAUAAUGGUGAGUAACACGAGCAACGCAUGGACAAAGAUGUGGAUGUAUGGGAUGGGUGGGUUUUUUGGUGCAGCAGCAGUGAUAUGUGCAUACAAGCCAGAGGCAAACAUUGCAGCCUGGGCGCGGGAGCGCGCUGAAGAACGUGCGCGACAUGCAAAGCAUCUGGCGGCGCCAGGGGAGCCACAGGGGCCACAGGAGCCGCAGAAGCCUCAGGGUUCGCUGGAACCAGCAGCUUAA